AUGUCGCCGAUGGGAAGAGUCGCUGUUGCGGGUGGAUCUGACAGCAUUGGAAAGGCUAUCGUUGAAGCACUUAAGAGCGACAAGUCGUAUGAAUACAUCGUGCUCGGUCGCAAGCCCAGCGACGACCCGAAAGCAAUGGCUAUCGAUUAUUCGGACAUUGAAGCGGUACAACAGGUCCUUGAGGAUAAUCACGUUCAUACAGUUAUCUCCGCCGUCUCUCUGCAGAGCGAUGCGAGCGGGCAAGCCCAGAUGAAUUUGAUCGAAGCAGCUGAGAGGGCGCGUUGUACGAAGCGGUUCAUGCCGAGUGAGUUCGGAGCCAAGUACACAAAGGAACAUCUUAAGGCCCUGCCCGUGUAUGCCUGGAAAUUCAAGGCGAUCGACCGACUUGAGUCUUCCGACUUGGAGUACACACUCUUCUCUAAUGGCAUGUUUAUGGACUACUGGUUCUCACCAUAUAUCCCAUCUGCAUUCAAACUCAACGUUCCUUGCUGGAUCGACCUGGAGAAUGACUUCGCCGCGCUACCUGGGGAUGGCAAUACGCCUCUGGUGUUGACACAUUCCCGUGACGUCGGCCGCUUUGUUGUCGCUGUCUUGGGUCUACCGAAGUGGCAGAAGAGAUACUACCUAGCGGGAGACCGGUUGACCCUCAACCAGUUCCUGCGUAUCGCUGAGGAGAUCAAAGCUGUCAAUUUUGAGACGCACUUCGAUGAUAUUUCCGCACUUGAAGAUGGAACAUGCACUCUGGUGCCUGCUGCAAAGGCUGGCUUGCCUAAUGAAUUCGCAUUGCGCGAUUUCAUGGCAAUGGUUGCUGCAGCAGGAGCUAGGACAGUUCGCGGCAACGGCGAUUUGCCAACUCAGGGAGAGGUCAACAGCAUGUUCCUCGACUUAAAGACAUUGACUGUCGAGGAGGCAAUUCGAAUCUCUUACGGGGCAUAG